AUGUCAAAAAAAAAGAAAAAAAUAGAAGCUUGGGCUGAAAAUGGAUUGGAAGAUUGGGGGUCGUAUAUGGCAGCAAAAAAAGCCAAGUUGGAAGAUCAAUUUGAGGAGGCUGCUGUCACUGAAUUUACGGAGGCAACAAAAUUGUUCCAAGGAAUAGCAAUAUUUGUCAAUGGUUAUACACAUCCAUGUGCUGAUGAUUUGAAGCGAUUGAUGAUGGAGCAUGGGGGUACUUAUCACCAUUAUUUGCGCUCUGGAAGAACAACACAUCUAAUUGCUUCUAAUUUACCGUACAGUAAAAUAAUUAUGUAUCGCAAAAGUAAGAAUCCACUCCCGCUUUGCAAACCCGAGUGGAUCACGGACAGUAUCAAAGCUAAUAAACUGCUAGAUUGGAGACCUUAUUUGCUGUACUCGACUACAUCGGUAACGCAGCCGCAGUUAAAUUUCAAAAAUGAUAAGAAGGAUCAGGAAUCCCUUGCCACUGCGAGUUCUAAUCAGCCGAUUAAAAAUUUAGUUGAUACAGAUGAGAAAGCAGUUGAUUGUGACAGUAAUAAAAUUAAAGAUCAAGAAUUUUAUGACAGUAUGCCAGGUCCUUCAAAUUGUAAACCGAGUUCUUUAUCUAAUAUAGCUAAUUUAGAUAAUGAAAAUUUAAAAGGUAAUAAUAAGAUUCAUAAGAUACGUAAUGGCACAGCAUUAUGUUCUAAAAAUGAUGAAUUUAUUACUGAAUUUUAUAAUAAUUCUCGUCUGCAUCAUAUAUCAACAAUGGGAGCAACGUUCAAAGAAUAUGUUAAUGAAUUACGCGCUAAAAAUACUGGCUCGUAUCCUGGAUUCGAUCGUUUGAAAAAGUUGAACCUUGAUGGUAAAUUAGCUAAAGAGAAAAAUUCAGAUGAGUGUAAUGAUUCUGAUUCUGACGAAUCGAUAUUCAACAGCGAGCGUAUUUCUGCAAUAAAAGCUCAAAAAGAACAAAACAAAAUAGAUGAUUUGAAGGAUGACAGCGAUUCAGAGGAAGAUUUAUUUGACUUGGAUAAGCCUACACCGAAAAGAAAAUCACUGAAGCCCAAAGAAGAUAAUAAAUUUGUGAUAAUGCACAUUGAUAUGGAUUGCUUUUUUGUAUCCGUAGGUUUAAGAAAUAAGCCAGAGUUAAAAGGAUUGCCCAUUGCCGUAACUCAUGCUCGUGGAAAUAGACCAACCUCCACAAAUACUAAUAAUAAUAAUAAUAAAGAUGAGGAAUUUUUGUCCAUGGCAGAAAUAGCAUCUUGUUCGUAUGAAGCAAGAAAAUUAGGAAUUAAAAACGGUAUGUUUUUAGGACAAGCAUUGAAGCUAUGUCCCAAUUUAAAAACAAUAAAAUACGACUUUGAAGGGUACAAACAAGUGUCUUAUAUUCUUUACAAUACUGUGGCUUCAUACACUCUGGAUAUUGAGGCGGUGAGUUGCGAUGAAAUGUAUGCAGAUGUUACUAAAAUAAUGACCGAGUGUAAUUUAACGCCUGAAGAAUUUGCUGACAUAAUACGGAAGGAAAUAAAAGACAAAACUGGAUGUCCUGUAUCGACUGGGUUUGGAGGUAAUAAACUGCAAGCUCGUUUGGCUACUAAACGUGCUAAACCUGACGGGCAAUUUUAUUUGACAAGUAGUAAAGUCAAGGAUCACAUUAGCAGCAUUGGUGUGAGGGAACUACCGGGUGUAGGAUACUCAACUAUGCUAACGUUAAAAAAAAUGAAUAUUAAAACUUGCUCAGAUUUGCAAGACAUUCCGUUGAUUGUAUUGCAAAAGGAGUUUGGUAAGAAAACCGGUGAACUUUUGUACAGCAUGUGCAGAGGAAUAGACACCACUAAAUUAAAUAUUGAGCACGUGAGAAAAUCUGUGUCCGCUGAAGUUAACUACGGGAUACGUUUUGAUGACGACAAUGAUGCAAGGGAGUUUUUAAAAAAAUUAUCCCAAGAAGUUUGUACAAGAUUAUCGAAGAUCAAUGCGAAAGGACGAUGCAUUACGUUAAAAUUGAUGGUGAGAGCCAAGAAUGCCCCGAAAGAAACAGCUAAAUUUAUGGGUCAUGGAAUCUGUGAUAAUUUUACCAAGUCUAAAAAUUUUAUUUCCGCCGUUGAUGAUGAGGUUGUUGUCACCAGAGAGGUAUUGGGGCUGUGGGAAGUGAUGCAGCAGCCGGCUGAUGAUAUACGAGGUAUUGGCAUUCAGAUAUCGAGGCUGGAGAUGUUGAAAAAAAACGCUGAUACUUAUAUGAUGAAAUUUGUAGCUAAAGCUAAACAGGCUGGUAAUCAAGAUAAGGAAGAUAAAAAUUUUGGAGGAAAUUCUAAAGACACUGAUAAAUGUUCUGAUGUUGGGAAUAAGUGUCAGAAUUCAGUAAAUAUUAUUGAUAAAAAUAGUAAAGAUGUUAAUAAAAAAAAUAAAACCAAGCCACAAGGUUUAAAGGCGUUUUUUACAGCAACAAAGCCGAAUGUUAAAAAUUUUAAACCAGUUGAAAAUUUUCCAACUUCUACGGAAAUUGACAAGGCUGUGUUGAAUGAAUUACCUGAGGAUAUUAAAAUGGAGAUAUUAAAUUACCAUAAAAUUGAAUCUGGCACUUCGGUGGAUGGUAAAAAUAAUGAGAAUGAUGUAAAGUUAAUGAAAACGUCGUGUAAUGUAGAAGUAAAAAAUAAACCAACAGUUGAAAUUGAUGUUGAGGAUAAAAAUAAAAUUUUAGUGCAAGGAUCACAAGGGAUUGAUGAGUCAGUAUUAACAGAAUUACCGGAAGACAUAAGAAAUGAAAUUCUGGCGACUAAGCCGAUUGUUAAAAAAAAGUCAGUUCAAGAAAUAGACAAAAAUUAUUUUAAACAGGUAAAACCUGGUAAAUUUAGUAAAACAAAAUUACCCGAGGUACAAGAACUUGAUAUGCAGGUACUGAUUGAACUGCCAGAUGAUAUAAGAAAUGAGAUAAUGAAUCAUUAUAAGUCGAGUAGUAAUGGGCAGGAUGAAGCGGAAGCUGGAGUGAGUGGGAUAGCUCAAGACGGUGGAAAUGAAGAGAGAUCGGUUGAAAGUAAUCAAAGGAGAUUAAUUGAUGAAACUAAUGUUACUUUUUCGCAAGUUGAUCCCGAGUUUCUUGCAGCACUGUCUGAGGACAUGAAACAAGACGUCAAGAUGUACUGUCUGAGCAAGAAGAGAGAAAAAGAACGCAAGAAAAAUGGUAAUGAGCAAAUUCAUUUGCCGAUUCCGAUUCGCGCAAGCAAUGAGGUAAAACCUAAGCGUGGUCGCAAGCCUAAAAAAUUUAUUCUGAACAGCAAUAAUAGUAAUAGUGUAAAGACUAAUAAUAAUAAUAAUAAUAACAAUGUGCAAAAUAAUAAUAAUAAAAUUGUAUCUAAAGCCAAAGAAGUUAAAAUAAAUGGUAAUCUUGAUGAAAAAAAUUUAAUGAUAAAACGCAGAAGCUUUUUAGAAAAUGAAAUAAAAAUAUCGUCUAAUGAAAUGAGAGUUAAUGAUAGACGUGAAGCUAUCAAGUCUCAUCAAUCAGUAUUCCGUGGUCGCAGUGUCAAGUCAUAUGAACAUCAAGAGAUGUUGAAUAAUUUAGUAAAUUAUUUAUUUAGUCUUCCAUUGCUUCAGGUAAAAAAUCAUUUACAAGCAUGGAUUUUAAACUCGCCAUAUGCUAAUGAAAUAGAUAUAUUAUCGAUAGCUACAUUUCUUAGUAUGCUCCCAACUGAAAAACGUAUUGAAGACUUGCAUAUAUUAAUGAAAACAAUGUACAGAUGUAUGACCAAAAGUGGAAGUUGUGUUUGGCAUGAAACAUAUAGGAAAACUGUUGAGCACGUUCAACAUUAUAUGCAAAUAGAGUACAAUAGUAAUUUAUUAUUACCAUCGAUAAGAUGUAACCGCCGCGAAUGCAAAAAGUGA